AUGACUCGAGAAACUCUUGCAUCAGUCCCAGCUAGUGACGAAUACUAUGACCUCAGCUCGUUUGGCCACACCAUCACCACCACCAGCGCUGACGCCCAGAUUUGGUUCAAUCGUGGUCUGAUAUGGGUAUAUUCUUUCAACCACAUGGAAGGCGCCUACUGCUUUGAGCAGGCUAUUGCCCAUGAUCCUGCGUGCGCUAUGGCCUAUUGGGGCUUGGCUUAUGCGGUUGGCCCAAACUACAACAAGCCAUGGGAGACGUUUGACCAAGGGGAUCUCCACACAUGUGUGCAGCGAGGAUAUGAUGCCUCACGACAAGCAAAGAAAUACGCGGGAAAUGCAACCCUACUUGAACAAGCUCUUAUCGACGCGAUCCAAUUUAGAUUCCCGACCAACCAGCCUGCGGCAGACUACCCAGCCCUGAACAAGGGCUAUGCCGUAGCGAUGAAACCAGUAUAUGAUGAAUUCGGAAGUGACUUGAAUAUUGCCACCCUUUAUGCCGAUGCCUUGAUGAAUAUGGCCCCCUGGGCUCUAUGGGAUCUGUUCACCGGCAAGCCGAACCCGGCAGCCCCUACUAUGGAGGUAAAAGCAGUGCUCGAGAAGGCGCUUGCACAGGAAGAGGAUGGUGCAUAUCUCAACCCCGGGCUUCUUCACUUAUACAUUCACUUCAUCGAAAUGUCGCCCACUCCUGAGCUAGGUAUCAAUGCUGCGGAUCAUCUACGCGACCUCGUUCCCGACGCUGGUCACCUCAAGCACAUGCCCACCCAUUUGGAUAUUCUCAUUGGCGACUGGCGGCGCUCUAUCGCUUCAAACCAUAAAUCAACACUCGCCGAUGACAAGUACUUCCAGAAGUCAGGUGCCAACAAAUUCUAUACUUUCUAUCGGCUGCACGACUACCACUCUUUGAUCUAUGCAGCAAUGUUUGCUGGUAAAUCCAAGGUUGCCCUUGAGGCCGUCACCCGCAUGGAAUCCACCGUGCCUGAAGAAGUCCUUCGAAUCCAGUCCCCACCUAUGGCUGAUUGGCUAGAGCAGUUCAUGUCUAUUCGCAUACAUGUGAUGGUACGAUUUGGCAUGUGGGAGGAGCUGAAGGUAAAAGAGCUACCCCGGGAUCAAUCUCUGUAUGCAGGCACCACUGCUGUCACCCACUAUGCCAGAGGCAUCGCAUUCGCCGCCACAGGGGACGUAGCGUCAGCCAAAAAGGAACAGGAGCUCUUCCACCAAGCAUGGGCUCGGGUUCCUAUCACUCGUCGCGCAUACAAUGGUACAAUUGUCGAUGUGCUCCAGGUGGCUGGGGCAAUGUUAGAAGGAGAAAUCGAAUACCGUUGCGCCAACUACGAUAAGGCCUUCGAGGCUCUCCGUCGUGCAAUUGACCAUGAGGACAAACUGCCAUACAGUGAACCCUGGUCAUGGAUGCAACCUGUUCGCCAUGCGUAUGCUGCACUGUUGAUGGAGCAGGGCCACUUGGAAGAGGCAGCAAAGACAUAUCGCGCAGAUUUGGGUAUGGAUACCUCAAUCAUCCGGCCGUGUCGUCAUCCGAACAAUGUCUGGUCGCUGAAGGGCCGAUGUCCCGAUAAAGGCAUCGUGCUUCUGCCGCUUGGAUAA